CGAUGGAUUUUGAAACGCUCCAGAUGACGAAGUGGCUACCAUGGCAGCUAAUAAAAAAACCCUGGAGCGGUGCGUGAUGUGAUUAGACAUCUCCUUCAGCAGUGGUGUCGUGUUCCACGUCUCCACAGACUGAAGGACAGGACACCUUCUCCCAAGUACGGGCUAGUGCGGGGAUCUUGGAACGUGCGAUCACCUGUUACGUUUCUCCAACGGUUCGUAACCCGCAGCACAAUGGGCAAGUCAGUAUCCAAGAAAAAGAAAGUGCAAGAAAAACCGGAGGAGAAGGUGACGUUCCAACAAGAGCUCCUGCAGCUCAUUAACGAGUACAGAGCCAAACACGGAGUACGGCCUUUAAAAAUGGAUGCUCAGAUGUGCAGACAAGCAUACAGGUACUGCAGAACGAUGAGCAUGGACGAAACACGCCACAGUAAGGAGUGGGAGGAGGGGAAGUUUGGAGAGUCCAUACUGAUGAACAAGAAAGAUAUCACUGCUCGCCAGGUAGCAGAUAUGUGGUACAAUGAGUCCCAAAACUACACGUACGGCAGCGGUGAGACGCAGAACACUACAGAGAACUUCACCCAGAUGGUCUGGAAGAGUUCCCAGCAGUUCGGGGCGGCCAAGUACCUGGCCGAGAGCGGAAAGUAUUACGUCACAGCCCGGUACACGCCAAGGGGGAACAGUCAGGAGGACGGCGGCUUCACCGACAAUGUCCUGCCUACCAAGAAAUAGACCAUACGUUCUUUUAGUUCUUCGUCGGAGCUUUUUACACCCGCUUCCACAAGAGGCUGUACCAAUUUGAGAACGUAGAUUUGACAGAUUGAAAAAGAAGGAUUUUUUUUAAGUUUUGUGUGUUAAAUUGUCUUUUAAAUCGUACCUUUAACGUUACAUCCAUUACAUCAUUUUAUCACACAAAUUCAAAUCUAGUCGAUGUACAGUCACUCAGCGCUCACCGACUAUUGGGAAUGGGGUUUGUUAGUGCCUCAACGGUUUAAUAUUUCAUUGAAAUCAAGUAGAACACCCGUCGGAAAUAGUUCAUGAACAUGGCGAAAUCUUCAUUGAAAUUGUGAACUAAGAAAAAGACUAAAACAGGACAAGUGAUGGCAGAUGUAAUCGAUCCCGCUGAUCAUUACGGGUUCGUGUGCGCGUGCGCAUUCCAGCCGCAAGGUCUAAACAAAUGAUGUAAUCUGGUGUGUUACGCCGGCGAACGACGGUUAUACUGGCUAUAUAGAUACAGAUACAGAUACAGUAAUCUAUAUUCACAUUUAAGUGUGUACGCCGAACAUAUAU